AUGGGCGCGCAUAUAUCGAUGGGUCCUGAGAAGGACUGUUGGUACCUAUACACGCUCCUGCCCUUGGAGGGUACAGUAGACGCCCUGGAGAAAGAACAUUGCGCCGCCAACGAGCUCUUGGAGCCCGACCAGACCAUUGAGAUCCUCAUGUCAGACCUUGAUCCAGCUGUCAUGGAGAUCUUCACAAGACAGUACUCAGCUAAUGCUGCACAAGCCACACGCGAGUCCGGCAUAGACAAAAUAAUCCCGGGGAUGGUCAUAGACGAUUUCCUGUUUGAUCCGUGUGGAUAUUCCAUGAAUGGAGUUGCUAAAGAUGGCUGCUACAUGACGAUCCAUAUAACACCUGAGCCGGCCUGCUCUUAUGUCUCGUUCGAGUCUAACGUGCCCGUGUCGUGCUACGAGGAGGUGAUUACGCGCGUGCUACAGGCCUUCCGGCCGAAUAAGUUCGUGCUCACCGUUUUCGCUACUCCGGACUCCCCGGGCGCGGAAGCCGCGCGACAGCUGAAGAAGUUCCCGGCCCUGGGCACGUACUCGCUGCUGGACGGCCAGCACUGCCGCUUCGCCGGCUACUCGCUGCAGUACGCGCUGUACUGCAAGUUCCCGAGCUGA